UGCACCGUUGGGAGGCCAGGACAGGAUUGGCAGCAUGAAUUCAGAGCCCGCAUCGCAGUCUGCCGCAACAGCGGGAGAUUCUAACAAGAGCUCACAAAAGGAAGACCCCGACGAUGACAGGCGCUAUAUGGCAUCGCUGUUGUUCUUGUGCCUUAUCGGAGUAGUGCCGGGAGCACUGGCUUCUGGGCUGGUGACGGCGCUGCUUAUAGCCUCGCGGUCAACCGUCUCUGCGCCGGAAAACGGCGUCUCUCCACCGACCAACGGCAGCACAGCCAAUCCACUCGUAUGCAACACCAAUGACUGCAAGCUCCUGGCGCAGUGGCUGAGGGUGAAAGUGGACCAGACAGUCGACCCUUGCGAUGACUUCUACCAGUUCGUCUGCGAUGAUUACAAGCGCCUAGAUCUUCUAUCAAAGACUCAAUUGGACGUCGAACAGAUUUCCAUAUAUGCCGCUUACACCAGCAAUGUCCCGGCCACAGGACAGACCGCCUGGCAGAAAGCGAUGGCACUCAUUAAGGCGUGCUUGACGACGAUCGACUCCAAGCGCGACGAGACCAAGGAGCUCACAGGGUGGAUGACUUCGCUAGGCCUGGAUCUGAAUAAUCUGAAUUCUUCAGAGCCGUUUGAACCGGUGGACAUGGUUGUGCGCUUCUCGCUCGACAUCGGGGUCCCAAUCCUGCUUGCUUUCUCCUUUAAAGACGUGGCCAUGGUCAACAACAAGCGUUUGAUGAGCUUGAUACCCACCUCAUUUGAUCUCCUGUUGCUGGGGGAUGGAGAUACUGACCAACAUACACCAGUGGUGAAGAAUGAUCACUUGAGAUCACUCCAAAAGUACGGGGUUGAUAGAAGCCGAGUCGAAGGGCUGUACUUAGAAAUCAGGAAAUACGAGACUUACAUGACUUGGCAGCAUCUAGCGUGA